AAUCCUAUCCAUCCUUGCUACGAAUCGCACUAAAGCACAGUUGCUGGAACUAAUCCCAGGAUUGACUAUCUACAGAAUUGACAAGGCAAGAAAACACGCUACUGAAGUUGGUCAAGCCCAACCUGUGCAUAUUGAGCCAGUCACCCGAUCCCGUAUGGAUGAGGCGAAGGUGGAUCACUUCCUCGACUUCAUCUCUAGACCAGAAUUUCUUCAAGAUGUAGCAUAUGGAACUCGUACCAUGAAGCUGAGCCAUGGGGAGAAACUGGAGAUACCAAAUGUUGUGAGGACUACCAUCGUGUCAAGACUCAUUCAGAUGUACCUAGCAUACUGCGAGGAAAUUGGUUUUCAACCACUGAAAAGAAGCUCACUCUUCUCAAUAAUUCAGGCAAGAAUGCCAAUUACAGGUAUUUGGAGUUCGACUUCCAAAGGUGUGCGCUGCAUCUCAAAAAAAGUCCCUGGCUGGAUUAGACAACAUUGCCGCAGAAGGAUCUCAAGCAUUCGAUACCCUACUCAAAGUUUUGGAAGUCCUUGGAGACUGUGGUUAUCCACAUGCAACAAUAGAGGACUUGAAUGUCAAGAUUCAGUCUGCGAGGGUUUACCUAAAGACGGAUUUCAAACUUCAUGUCAGCGAAGCCAGCCAGUGCCCUGACCACUGUAUCAUGUAUGCCUUGGGGGAUGGUACAACA